AUGGAUUUAAAGGAAUUACAAGAUAUUGUAGAGGAAAUGGAAAACAAGCACGAUCCGGGGAAGGAUGAAGAGACUAGGAAAGGACAAUUGGAGGAUCAGAAAGAAAAAGUUGAGAAUGUACCCAUGGUAAGACAAGAGAAUGCAAAUGCAGAAGGACGAACAGGUGAAGAAAGCGAAAGACAAGAAAUGGAAUCAAUUGAUGAAUCCUUGAAGUCAACAGAGCAUUUGCUUACGAGGUUUGAAAAUGAAAUGAAAGCGUUUCAUGUACGAAUGGAUGAAUUGAACCAGAUUAUGAAUGAAGAGGAGUUUCAAAAGUUUUCAGAAAAGAUAUAA